CGCGAAGACAGCCGCAGGGUAUAUAAGAGCCUCAGGAACCAGGUCUACAGUCCAGUCCGGAUCCAGCAGACACACAACAUGGCUCAGAAGACGGCACUGAUCGUGUACGCCCACCAGAGUCCGGUAUCGUUCAACGCAGCGGUGCGUGACGUGGCGAUGCAAGAGCUGGUGGCCCAGGGCUACAGGGUCCUCGUGUCCGACCUGUACACCAUGAACUUCAGAGCCAACGCCACCCAGGAUGACAUAAUCGGUGACCUGAAGACUCCAGAGCAUUUCCAGUAUGGAGAUGAGACCAUGAGCGCCUGGAUGGAGGGCCGCCUCAGUGACGAUAUUGUAGCCGAGCAACGCAAAGUAGAGGAGGCCGAGCUCGUCAUCUUCCAGUUUCCUUUGUACUGGUUCAGUGUGCCGGCCGUCAUGAAGGGCUGGAUAGACCGAGUGCUGACACAAGGUUUUGCUUUCUCCCUGAAAAAUAUGUACAAUAACGGUGUAUUCAAGGAUAAGAAAGCAAUGUUGUCUUUCACUACUGGAGCUAUGCAGACGAUGUUCAAGCCCGAUGGUAUCAAUGGAGACAUCAACGUCACUCUGUGGCCUCUACAGAACGGCACUCUGCACUUCUGUGGAUUUCAGGUUCUUGCUCCUCAGAUAUUCUGGAGUCCGGCUCACUGUCCCGCCGACGUGCGAACCGCAAUGCUAGAUGGGUGGCGAGCCCGAGUGAAAGGACUGUUAGAAGAAAAGCCUUUGACCUUUGCCCCAUGUGAGCUCUUUGACCUCAGCUUUCAGGGGGGGUUCAGGCUGUGGCCCAAAGUGAGGGAGGAGCGAGAGUCGCAGACGUACGGCAUCACCACAGGGCACCAUCUGGGGAAACCGCUGCCGCCUGAUAACCAAAUCAAAGCUCAACCCGCUGAUGAAAGUAGUGCCCAACCAGACUGCAGGAACUAG